GCAUGUGGUAACUAUUUUAUAUGAUAUUAAAUGGAAUGCUAGAUUAUCAUAUGGUAUGUUUAUAUACUUGUAAAUCAAAUAUAUGAACUCUGUCGUAACUUUUUACAAACAUUGUUCAUUAAUUUUGAUUAAACACUAUAGCAUGUGUAGGCGACUUAAAUUAUGCCUGAACUAAGUUCUGUUGAAAAUGAGAAAUUCUCAAUUGAAGAAGAUGUUGUUUUGGAGGGUACACCAUUAUAUGAAUACCUUCAGGACUUAGACUUGAUUGAACCUCAUCAUCAAAAUGAAAGAAGAAACAGCAGCAUUAAACCAGCAAAGCAAGGGUUUUGGUAUGGUACCUCAUUCCCUGAAUACUUCAGACUGCAAAUGGAGGAAUUACGGCGAAAAUGUUCACACAUAUUCCCACUUUCUGAGGAUGUGUUAGUGGACAUGAGCCGCCAUUUUCACUCAAGAUAUGGAAGUGAAAUUCUGCAAAGCAAAGUUAUUUUAGAAGAUGACCUUGACUAUCUGUGUAUUCAAACACCCCAGCAGUUUUUGAACGCUAUAAACAGCAAUGAAAUCAAAAAGCCAACUAAACAUGCUUCCAAAUCGGGGCAUAACUCAUUCAGAUAUUCUGCUAUGGUGGUGUUGGUUGUUGCUUGCUUCAUUUCCUUCUUUUUCUCAACACUACCAACCUUUCCACAGUCAUGUUUGGCUAUUAUUGCCCUUGGUGUCAUCUGUUUUAAUGUUAGGUUAGAGAUAAUCAUUGAAAUGUGGAAACGUAAGCAUGAAGGAAACUUACAUGCCCUAAAUAGGUUUCUAUGCAUUAGCGCACAACUUCAUUCACAAAUCAAGCGAAGUAUUCGAUUAAUACAAGAAGUUGAGGUCGUUUCUAGAGGUUAUAAACUAGUAAACGGAACAACACCAAUUUCACGUAUUGAGUUAAUGAAUCGUGGUUCUGCACGAAUGUUUAUGAAGUUGAGAUAUAACGUUAUGAGGUCCAUUGUUAAGUGCACCCUCGUGUGUCGAACUGCUACAAAUCAACUUCUAGAAUAUUCUCUUCAAGAUUCAUGCGAUUUGGAAGAAUAUUUUAUUUGUAAAGUACCACUUAGUAAACUGGGAGUUUGCUUUAUGGAGAACUCAACCCCUUCAGAAAUGUUCAAUGCCACAGAUGGUUACUCUCUUAGUGCAUUGAAAUGUUUAAAUGAACUUCUAUGUAAACAAAGAUCGGAAAUGCUGACAAGAUUGUCGUUGACGUUAUCUGGUACGACAUGGGAUUUUACAUCUCAUGGUUUCUUGUCUCGUUUCACUUCUAUAUUAGAUCAACCAAACACAGUUACAGCUGAUAGCUUGCAAUCAUUACAGUGCAGUUAUGAUAUGCAUAAGUAUGUAACAAAUACAAAGAAUAUUCCACAACAAUCGCAAGGUGAGGGACAACCAUGCAAAACAUCUGUGCUGAGAAUCAACUUACAUAGUUUGCAAGUUCAUAUGAGAGCAGCUAUGCAUGCUGCCAUGCAGCUAGAAGAAAGUUUGCCAUUGGAUAAUACACAGGUCCAACUACCAGAUAAUUUCAUAAACAUAGGCAGACAUCUUGAGUCUGGCUUAGACUGCUGGGCACAGUUUAACAAAGAAAUUUCUGGUUUUGAAGAAAAUGAGAGCGAAAAGGAAGAAACAGAAAAUAUUGUUCAACCAGUUGUUACAGAAGAUGAAGAAUUAGUUGUGGUUGAUAAUACUGAUGAUGAGGUCACAAUGGAAGACCAGAUUUUUGAAGCAAUUGCAGAUGACAGCUCUGAUGAAGAUUACGACAGAGGUGAUAUGUUUGAUUCCCGCCCGACCAAAAUUGUGGAGGACACAGCUACUGUGAUGCGGGAGUUGCGAUCUGUGUUGGCUGUGAAGACUUCCGAAAAGGAGCGCGAGAUGUGGAAGAUGAAACUCUUUCCAGGAUACAAAGGAAAGAAGGUGGAAGAUCAAUUAAAAAAUGAAGAAUUAUCAAUUGAAGAGAAAUCUAAUAAUCCUGAAGAAAACUGUGAAGUUGAUAUUGUUGACACAAGUGAUCAGUCUGUAUCUUGUGAUUUAAACAAUAUUAAUAAUUCUAAACUAAAAGGGGAUGAUUUGGAAGUAGACCCACAAGCAAGUGAUACAUUGAAUGGAGAAAUUCGUUCUCAAAUGCUAAGUUUUCCUAAAAGAUCAGCACCUAAAGGUCGCAGACCACCAACAAACAAGCGUGCACACAAUACACGCAACGGUGUUGUAACAAUGCCAACUAUUGAAUCACAAUCAACAUCAACCGAUAGUGAUGAUAAUCAAACUGACCCAGAUUGGACCUCUGGUUUAGGCAUUGGUUUUCCUGGAGCAAUUGCCCUACAAGCAGCUGCAAUGGCUCGUAGUAAACAAAUUGGCUGUGGUCAGAUCACAACAUAUGGCUCUGAUAGCGAUUCUAGUUGAAUUGAAAUGUUUAAGAUAUUGCUUUGCCAAUUUUUCUUGAUGUAAUUUACACUGUGAAAGUUUAUUCUAGAACUAGGGUGCUAAAACAGCUUGCAAUGUGUUUCUUAGCGUAUUUUCACUAUACAAUAUCAAUGGUAUGUUUUACUAUUUGCAUCAGAACAACGGUAUGUUGGUAUGUCUGUACUAUCUAUUGUUUAUCCCUUUACAGUGUUGAGUGUAAAACUGAAGUUGGUGUCACUACAUAUUAAGUUCCAUGUCCAAUGCUGCCAAAUCUGAAUCUAUACGCACUGCAGCUUUUACACUGUUUUUUUUUUUUGUCACGUAUAUUACUUUUAGAAAGGUAAUUCAAAACAGUAAUUGUGGCCAUAUUUAAACUAAUUUAAAUGCUGCUUUUGUGCCAAGCUUUAUACGAAAUAUAAUUUCCAGUAAUUGUAUGUCCCAAGUGCGAAUAAAACCAUGCUACGUACAA